AUGAGCUGCGUCUUUUCCUCCACCGACGGUAUGGCGACCGGCGGGGGACGGCGCGGGGGCCGUGGCGGCGCCCAAGGGCUGAAGCCGAUGGGACUACCCUACCUCGAGGGAGCACAGCUGGAGGAGGCUUCUGUGUUUCCUGUACCUGCCGAGGUGCCAGUAUUGCGUCCGCCCACAGAGGCCGAGCGACAUACGGCCGCGCUGCAGCUUGACUUUCUCAGUAAGGCGCGUGACUCGCCCUACUGGACGCAGCAUGUCCUGAAAAAGAAUGGCGCAGGCGAGCUCUUGCGAUAUACGGACCGGUAUCAGCCGGACAGGCGAGGGGCUGCUUCGACAGUGUCAUUUUUGCAGCUUGCACCGCUACAGAAGGACGUCUUUCCACCGCAUCUAUGGGACAGUUUUACGAGCAGUGAAUCCAAGCGAGCUGCCCGGCGCACAGCCCACAUGCAAGACCGCCCGGCCAAAAUCGACUGGGACCACUUGCACAUGGAGGAGAAGCGGGCUGGGGACGGUGAAGAAGAGGCGCCGCCUGAGUCCGACGAAGAGGACCUGGGCGACUACGAGGACGAAGUGGACGACGACUAUGCACAGAACUACUUCGACAAUGGAGAAGACGACGACGAUAUAGACGAUGGCGGCGACGAAGCAGCCUUUGACUAG